AUGAUGCCACUCAAGCUUGAUAAUAUAGCAACCCCAAAGCGCCCAACAAUAAGAGCAAAAAGAGUCACCCAUCUUCUUUCCUCAAUUGACCUAUUACAAAAUGACCUAAAAAUGAUAAAAAAAGAACCCGUUAAAUCUUCCUCAAUUGAUACCUUAAGAAUCCUUACCCAAAUCUCAUCACCGAAAACAGGGAUUACUUUCAAUCGAACUAAGACUUAUUUGAAAGGAAAAAACCGAAUCGAGCUAAUCAAAAAUAAAGAAGAGCUGGAAAAGCAUAAGCAAAAAGAAAAAAAUGCUUUGCAAAUCAUUUAUGGGGAUAAUCCGCAGCAUAAGAGAUAUAUGACUCAAGAAAUUUUCACGGAUAAAGAAACCUAUAGACUUGUGCAAAAUAAUAAAAGAAAAUACGGUCCAGAUAGAACGAAAUCAAAAUUAAAUAUUCAAUUUUUUGAGACACCUAAGGCGAACUAUCAAUAUAGAAGAGGAAAAGAAAAGGUGGUUGCCAAAGAGGAAGUUGCAAAAGGGCUGAAUUCAAUUUAUUUUAAUCAUAUGUAUAGAAACUCGCCAAGGAUUAUUAUGAUAAAUAAAAGAGUAUAAAAAAUAUAUUUUUUGAGAAAUUAAUAGCUUUUUUUUUUAAAAAAGGGAAAAGCUGUGAAAAUAACUGGAUAUUUCUCUUAAAGAUAGAAUAAAAAAAAAUUUAUUAAAAAACAUUGAAGAAUCAAAAAUCAAGAGUUGCUCUUUGGUCUCUUUAGCUGAAUUUUCCAAUUCCAGCUCACCUGUUGGAAAAUUUGAAUUUAUUUCUAAAAAUACUAUUGGGAAUGAAGAAAUAGAUAAAUGCAUACAGUCUGUCAUCAAAAAUAAUUCUAAAGAAUCAGACCAAAUGAAAACAAAGCUCGGCCUUGAACUAUCGAAAUCUCCAAAAGUGAAUUUAAAAGCAUUCAAUUAA